CAGCGUAUCGAGAGCCGGUCCGGGCUGCCUGCCGGGUGGUGCUGCCGGUACAGGCAUGGCCACGGCCCGGCUGGCAGCGCUGUCCCACCGCGGGCUGCUCUUCCUGCGGCGGGGGGGACCACCGGGCAGUGCCCUGCACACAGCAGUGCCCUCUGCCUCCCACCGGGUGACCAGCAGCUAUGUGGGGGGGCCCUCAGACACCCCCCUUCUCACCAAAACCAUGGGGCAGUGCCUGGAUGAGACCACGGAGAGGUUUCCUGAGCGUGACGCUGUGGUGUUCUGCCGAGAUGGGAUUCGGAAGACGUUUGCUCAGCUCAAAGAGGAGGUGGACAGGGCUGCAGCUGGGCUUCUGGCUCUUGGCCUGAAGAAGGGAGACCGUCUGGGGAUGUGGGGCCCCAAUAAAUAUGAGUGGGUUCUCAUGCAGUUUGCAACUGCCCAGGCAGGAAUCAUCCUGGUAUCUGUGAAUCCAGGCUACCAGGCUCUUGAGUUGGAGUUUGUCCUCAGGAAGGUUGGCUGUAAGGCACUGGUGUUUCCUACCCAGUUUAAAACACAGAAGUACUAUGAUAUUCUAAAGCAGUCAUGUCCUGAGCUAGAAAAAUCCAGUCCAGGAGGAAUAAAGAGCAAAAGGCUACCUGACUUAUCCAUUGUUGUCACAGUGGACUCCAAGCUGCCUGGCACCUUCCACAUGGAUGAAGUGAUGCAGGCUGGGGACAGCAGCCACAUGAAGCAGUUAAGAGCUGUGCAGGGGACCCUCUCCUGCAAUGAGCCCAUCAACAUCCAGUUCACUUCAGGGACAACAGGAAGCCCCAAAGGAGCCACCCUCUCUCAUGGGAACAUUGUGAAUAAUGCCAACCUGAUCGGGCAGAGGCUGGGGAUCACUGAGCAGGACUAUCGUUGUGGCAUCCCUGCACCCCUCUACCACUGCCUGGGCUCAGUUGGAGGCUGCAUGGUGAUGGCUCUGCACGGGUCCUCCUGCAUCUUCUCAUCUCCCAGCUUUGAGGCAAAGGCUGUACUGGAGGCUGUGUCCCGAGAGAAGUGCUCCUUUCUUUUUGGCACACCAACCAUGUUUAUAGACAUGCUCUCCCAGCCCAACUUUGACUCCUACGAUCUGUCAAGUCUCCGGGGAGGAGUCAUUGCAGGUUCUCCUGUUCCCCCUGAGGUCAUGAAGGCAAUGAUCACCAAGAUGCACAUGCCAGAGGCUGUGGUUGCCUAUGGGACCACAGAAAACAGCCCUGUCACCUUCAUGGGGUUCCCCAAUGACAGCAUUGACAGGAAAACUGAGACAGUGGGAUACAUAUUUCCCCACACAGAGGCAAAAAUUGAGGAUCCAGAGACAGGGAAGCCUGUGCCUCUGAACACUCCUGGGGAACUUCAGGUCCGUGGCUACUGUGUCAUGCUGGGCUACUGGGGUGAACCUGCCAGGACAAAUGAAGUGAUCACUAAGGAUGGGUGGUACAAGACAGGGGACCUUGCAAGCUUGGAUGAACAUGGCUACUGCAAGAUCAUCGGCCGCUGCAAGGACAUGAUCAUUAGGGGAGGAGAGAACAUCUACCCAUCAGAAAUCGAGCAGUUUCUCCACACCCAUCCCAAGGUUGAGGAAGUCCAGGUGGUUGGUGUAAAGGAUUCCCGGAUGGGAGAAGAGAUCUGUGCCUGUAUCCGAGUGAGGGCUGGGCAGGACUGCACCGAGGAAGAGAUCAAAGCUUUCUGCAGAGGGAAGAUCUCACACUUCAAGAUCCCACGGUAUGUUGUAUUUGUGGGUCAGUACCCACUCACCAUCUCGGGCAAGAUUCAGAAAUUUAAGCUGAGGGAUCAGAUGGAGAAGCACCUUCAGCUCUGAGCUGAGGAAGCGAGGACCAAAAAGGGGAGAACUCAGCCC